CACAGUUAAAACGGUGUUGUGCCAGUUUUGCACAUUUCUACAAAAGUUAACUCCUUACAGAGCCUCCAAACCAAGUACGUCUGUAUUAAUUUAAUGUGUUUUUCUCUCAAUUUUAAACCUCGUUUAUGUUGGACCCAGGUUGGAGCCCAGCUUUCCUACAGUCUGAGACUGAUUUCAUACAGAAACCAGAUGUUCCCGYGUUUGGCAGUGGCGCUAUAUAAUUGCUUUGGUGACUUUAAUCUGUCGUGGAGCAGAGCCUGCUGAUGAGAUGGGAUUAAAUGAGUGUCAUGGAUUUAAGGGAAAACCCCUCACAUACUGCAGGAGAAACAUCAAGAUUGCAGAGUGUUGGGUUACGGAGAAUAAAUGGGCAGGACCUCAGGGUCAUAACUGUUCCCUGUCAUUAUGUUGACUCAAUGAAUGGAAACAAUCCGGUUGGAAAUAAUCCAGAAAAUCUUUGCAUGGAUGAUCAGUAUUAUGAAAUCCUCACAGGAUGCUGUGUGGCGCUUUCUGAUCUCUGAGAUCCUGAGGGAGAGGAAAAUAAAGAUCAAUGGGAAAAGAGUGGUAAAUAAAAUCAGAGGGAAAUAGGUUCAGUGGGACACAAUGAGGAGAAUUCAUAUAAAAUAUGUUCUGUGCACCCUGCUCAUGCUGGGGCUACUCUGUCUGAUGUUGUAUGCCCAUCAAGGCUUCACUUCCACCUGGGACACCUGGCACUUAAAGCAGGGCUGUACAAGCUCCCGCGCUCUUUUAGGGCCCCCACCAGAGAGCCAUGUAACUAAACGGGUCCCUUCUACGCCCCCAGACAAGACAAAGUGCCAGUCUGCGCAUCAGUCCCAUUUUAAGUCUCAGACACAUCCCAAGUCCAAACUUCAGUCUAAAUCCAAACCUCAGGCCAAGACCAAAUCUAAGUCAAAGAAAGAUGAGGGGACAAAGGCUGUUCCGGUUUUACCCACACGACCACCUUUUGACUUUGAGGGUUACCUGAAGGAUAAGGACAACCGGGACUUCAUACUGCUGAUGGACCAGCUAGGGAAGUGCUCAGGCGAGCCCUACAUGCUCAUUGCUAUCAAGUCAGUAGUGGCAGACUUUGAAAGGAGGCAGGUAGUGCGGCGCACCUGGGGAAGAGAGGGUGUGUUCCAGGAUGGGCAGACAGUAAAGACUGUAUUCCUCCUUGGUGUACCCAGGAACAAGACCGCCCUGCCUUUAUGGGACCGGCUCCUUGCCUACGAGAGCCACAGCUUUGGGGACAUUCUCCUCUGGGACUUUGAUGACACAUUUUUCAACUUGACACUUAAAGAGACCCACUUCCUCCAGUGGGUGAAUGACAGCUGCUCCAAUGUCCAGUUCAUCUUCAAAGGUGACGCUGAUGUCUAUGUGAAUAUAGAGAACAUUCUGGAGAUGGUGAAGGGUCAGAAGCCUGAUAAGGACCUCUUUGUGGGUGACAUCAUCCACCAUGCCCACCCCAUCCGCCGGCGUAGCAGCAAGUACUUUGUGCCUGAGUUUGUGUACGGCCAGACUAUGUAUCCGUCAUAUGCUGGAGGGGGAGGCUUUGUGAUGUCCGGUCACACCGCCAGGCGGCUGAGUGAAGCUUGUCAGCAGGUAGAACUAUUCCCUAUCGACGAUGUGUUCUUAGGCAUGUGCUUACAGAGAAUUGGAGUGAAACCGUCACACCAUGAGGGUUUUCGUACAUUUGGCAUUGUGCGCCCCUCUGCUGCUCCCCACCUCCAGGUGUUUGACCCUUGUUUCUACAGGGAGUUGAUGGUGGUACACAGCCUGACAGUGCCACAGAUCUGGCUCAUGUGGAACUUGCUGCAUGACCCCCAACUGAGCUGUCACAGUGAACUGGCCCCCACCCUGUGGCCCUUCAAGUGGAGGGGCAAGGUACUCGGAACAACAGGACAGAAGGACUCAGAGACUACAGUGGAACAGGACUAUGAUGUUAAAGUGUUUGUAAAGCAUUGAGGGGUUUGGUUUAUGUUGAUCAGAGGGACUACACUGUGAAAGCCAUUGGGAUAUGGAAGCUGUGAUUGAAUGUUUGCUAGUUUAUUUUGAGGCAAUACAGUGGUUUUUGCUUAAAAGUUUACAGCCAUUGUAAAUGUACCCRUUUUCUAAGAAAAAAAUCCUGUCAUCUUUUUCAUUAACAUCCUGGAUGUAAAACCAGUCUGUAUACUGGUGGUAAUGUUUAAAAUAUCCCUGCUCCAUUUAGGUACAGUAUGACUGAAUCCAUCUUUUUAUUUUAUUGCACAGAGCCUCAAUAAGGUCAAUAUUGACUGAAGCAUGUGCCAGGUUGAUUUUGUGAAAUUGAAUGUACACUACAGUGUUGUCAAUUAUGAAUCUUUGUGUGUGAUAACACAUCAUAUUACACCUGUACGUAGACUUGAAAGGGAAGUUAGGGGAGGCAAAGCUCAAUGCAUCAACUGUAUAGGACACAUCACUGCACUCUAUACUCCUCUGUAAACUGGUCAUCUCCGUACAUCUGUCGCAAGACCCACUGG